AUGCAGUGGGUAUGGGCUCCCACGGGUGCCAACAAGAGCUGGGCACGUGAGUUCAUCCUGCUGGGCUUCACCCAUGUGCCCACACUGCGUCCACUGCUCUCUGUACUCUUCACGGCCAUGUUCCUGCUCACUCUAGUAGGCAAUGGGCUCAUAGUGCUGCUCACCAUGUGGGACCAGGCCCUGCAGACACCCAUGUACUUCUUCCUGCGCCAGCUGGCCCUUGUGGAGCUCUGCUUCUCCCUGGACAUUGUGCCCCAACUGCUGACCACACUGCUGUGGCCUGGACAUGGCAUGUCACCUGUGGGCUGUGCACUGCAGAUGCUGCUUGUGUUGGCCUGCCUCACAUCCGAGUGCUUCCUCCUGACCGUCAUGGCCUGGGACCGCUACGUGGCCAUCUGCAGGCCCCUGCACUACGGCACCAUCAUGAGCCCACACCUCUGCCACCUGCUGGCUGCCACCUGCUGGCUGGCUGGAGUCCCCGUGUCUCUGGUCUUCACUUUCUGGCUGUUCAGCUUCCCAUUCUGUGGGCCCCGUGGCAUCCGCCACUUCUUCUGUGACAUUGCUCCUCUGCUGAGCCUAGUAUGUGCAGACACCAGGGUCUUGGAGGCCAAUGUUUUGGUGGCUACAGUACUGGUCAUCAUGGUUCCAUUUUGUCUGAUUGCCACAUCCUACAUUGGGGUGUUGGCCGCUGUCAUACAGAUGCCAUCAGCCAUGGGGCGCCACAAAGCCCUGUCCACAUGUGUCUCCCACCUCAUCGUGGUGGUUCUAUUUUAUGGUACAAUGGGCGUCAUUCACUUGCGACCCAAGGCCAGCUAUUCCCCAGAAAGCAAACAGGUAGUGUCUCUCUCUUACACUCUGGUCACCCCCAUGCUCAACCCCCUCAUCUACAGCCUGAGGAACAAGGAGGUGAAGGCUGCCCUGGGCCGUGUGUGCUGCACACGACCAUGGUCUGGACAUGAGUGA